CUUUCUCUCAUAGCUGACUUUCAUGUAUCUAGUCAUCAGAUCUGCACCCACACAGAACAGGGUAACCAAAAGACGAUCUUCUUUUCACUUCUCUGAGACCUCAAUCCAGUUUUCACUGUUUGUUUCUCAUCAACUGUUUGCUUUAAUCUCAUAGCUGCUAUUUUUGUCCAAUUUAUCAAAGUCUUUAUUUAUCUCUAUUUUGUAAAUGCCAGUUUAAUUCCCACUCUACACGCCUCAAAAAUGACCCUCUAUAAUUUGAAUUCCUUGUCUACUAGAUUCUUAUUACAUCACAGAACAUUUUGAUUUUCUAUCAUCUCGUUUUUCUGAGCUUUCUAUUAAUACACUUGAGCAUUUAUUGUCUAUUCGCCCUCCCAAGUCCAGACUAAUAUCUAGUCUUCGUUUUUACUGUAGUCCUCCUUGCUUUUCCGUUUCUUCCGGGAGUUUCCCUACUUGUCUGAAAAGUUUUGUGGCUGCCAUGUGGUCCAACUUUUUUUUGCAGCAGCAGGAAGAGGAAGGCAGAGGAGGUAUGGCUGCAUUAGGUGGACUCGGAAGUAAGACCGGACGCGGGGGCAAAAGAUCGAGACCCCCUCGGAUGAGUGACAGCCAGGAGGGCAAGAUCAAGCUGUCAUUGUUCAUCGCAGUCAUAGGUGUUACUCUGACAGUACUAGGUAUGGGCACAGAGUUCUGGGUGGAGCUAUCCCAACCAAAACACUUCAGGAACAACCAGACAUGUGAGAUGGCACACUACGGCCUUUGGAAAUCAUGUGUGCGCACGCUCUGGGUAUCAGAUAUUGACCCGGAGAGUGAGACCUGUGGGCCGGCAGAACUGCACGGAGAAUCAAACUGCACCUACUUUAAAUUCUACACUUCAGGGGAAAAUGCGGUUAUAUUUAGGAAAACAACAGAAAAGAGUUUGCAUAUGGCGACUGCAAUGUUGGCUUUGUUCAGUUUGUUUCUGAUGGUCAUGGGUGCCGUGUGUAUUACCAUGUCCCUCAGCAAAAGUGUGUCAUUCUUCCUCAAACCAGCAACCAUCUGCUUCAUCCUCUCAGGUGUCCUGUUAUGGUUGUCCCUCGUUGUUUUCCACCAGUCUGUGCUGGGCUUUCUGGCAAGUGACCACACUAUCCCUCUCCAUCAUGAGCUGUCUUGGUCAGUAGCGUGUGUGGGUUCGGCUGGGGCCAUUCUCGUCUUUGCUGGUUUUAUGUUCUUAUUGCUUUCCCUCCCCAACAAUCCUCUGGAGAAAUGUUUCCGCCAGCAGAGCAGUACCGAUGCUUAGCUGUCGGCAAGACUACCUGUGAGUUAAGCACCAUAAGAUCUUCUGUACACGUUCGUUGCUUAAGAAUAAAUGAAAUAAUGUUCUAAAGGACUCACAAACCAUUCAACAUACAGAAAAAAGCAAAUUUUCCUAAUGUUUUGCACACUGAUGUUAGAAUUGCUCGUCAAUAGGGUUAUAGACAUUAAAGCAUAAACAUACAUGUCUGAAAUGAAUCCUCUGUAUCUUUAAUGGCUCUGUACAUAAAAUCAGUGACCAACAGAUCUGUUUACUGUUUCUUUAAAGGCCUCAUUCACACAAUAUGCUAUGCGUUUAUGCUUUGUGUAUUUAUCUAUGUUGCUGACUUGUAUAAGAAACUGAUUGACUUGAUUUUGUGUUGUAUGAAAAUAACUCAUUCUUUCUUUAGAAAUAAGCCAUCCCUGCUUGUUCAUAGCAUAGCUAACAGCUACAGGGUUUGCAUUUUCAUGUAUUUCCACGCUGGUCCAUUCUGGUUUAUGCUGGUUUCAUGCUGGUCUAACUGAUAGAUUAGAACAUCCAUGUUACUCACUAGCAAAACGUGGCUAUAGAUGGUUUCAUCAGACAUGCACCUGGCCUGAAGUUAACAUCCAGUCUGUGUUUGGUUAUAACAUUUAUAUUUAAUUAAUAUUAACAUUAAUUAAUAUAAAUAUUUGAUCGUUUAUCAAUUGUAUUGAAUUAGAUGAAACCUAUUCAACAGUUUUUGAUUCUUUGCAGACGUCUACCAGAAGCUAAGUUUGGGCCACAUAACAAUUGUUUAUGUUGUUGCCGCUGAAACUGUCUAUUGGACCUGGUCGACCAGCAUGACCAGCAUGAUGGUAAAGCUAGAUAUUUAAUAAAGUCUUAGUGUUUAAGCUAUUUUACAAGCUUGGUUUGGACACCAGCUUCAUAUUACAUAAUGGUUGUUUUAACAGGGUUUUCAAUAAACAAUAUAACAGCAGACAAGCUAUCAUCCAUUAGUAGAUUUAAAGGGAUAGUUCACAAAAAAUACAAAUUAUUUCCUUAUUUAUUCACCUUCAUUUUAUUCAAAACAUGUCUACAAGUAUUUCUUCAGUGAACGUAAAAGAAAAUAUUUUGAAAAAUGUCUCAAUGGAUGUGUCCAUAUCGAAGUCAUUUAAGUUCAAUGUUGUUUAGUUACCAACAUUCUUCAAAAUAUCUUCUUUUGUGUUCUGAAGAAGAAUAAGUUCUACUGGUUCAUUAUGACAUAAGGGUGAGUAAAUAAUGAAACAUGUCAAUAUUUUUGACAUAUUUAUAUAUUUUUGUACACUAUCCCUUUAAUUGAAUGGUUUAUUGUUUAUACAUGUGUACAGUUGUACUAUACAGACUCACUGUUGAGCCACAAUUCAGUGUAAAUAAUUUUUGUUUAUAUUGUACUUCCGUUGCUGUGAUAGUUCUUUUUCUUAAUCUCGUCCCAUGUUCUAUCAUGUUCUCCUGACUUACCUCUACUUCUGCUUGUUGGUUAUUUCUGUCACCCUAUGUUCGUCACACUCUUUCUCUAGUUUUGCUUAAGGAUUAAAUCUCUUUCACCUAAGAAAGUUUCCUCCGCUCUCUUCCUUACUUGUUUCUUAAUCUCACUUCUCUUUUGACGCUCGCUGGGUCUAAAGUUAAUGCGUUGCUCAUCUAA